ACAAAAAUAAAAACAAACAACAACAACAACAACAAUAAAGACGGAAGAAAAUUUGUUUAAAAAUUUUUUAUCGUCAAGUUAUUAAAUAUGUCCGUCCGACAUAUAAAUAACUUGGACGAGCAAACAACAGCCAAUAAUAACAAUGAUAAUCAUCAUAGCCAAAAUUAUAAUCAAUUUUUAUCAGUCACAAAUAUUGUCAGCCAAGAUGAUUCAGAAUCAUUAUCAUCGACUCAUCAUCAACAGCAACAGCAACAGCAGCAGCAAUCAUCAACAUCAAAUCGAAAACAUUCCUCAUAUUCACAACGUUCACAUGAAAGUGCACAUGAUCGUCGAUUAUCAUUUUUACAAUAUUAUAGCCAACAACAGCAGCAACCGGAUACAGCUGGAACAAAUGAAAAAAGUGGUGGUGGCGGCGGUGGUGGUGGUGGUGGUAAUCCAGGUUUUACACAGAAAGGUUUACAACAACAACAACAACAACAACAAUAUGUAUUUCGGCCAUUUACACGUGAAUCAUUGGCUGCCAUUAAAGAAAGAAUUGCUGAAGAAAAGUUACGAAAGGCACAAAAAGAAGGUGAUACAACCACAAUCUAUACACAUCAUGCUCAUAAUCAAGAAAUAUGUGAACCAGAUCCAAUGUUGGAAGCUGGCCUACCAUUACCAAGAGGUUUACAGCGUGUGUUUCCACCAGAAUUGAUUGCCACACCAAUCGAAGAUAUUGAUCGUUAUUAUCAAAAUAAUAUGACAUUUACUGUGAUCAGCAAAAGUAAAGAUAUAUUUCGUUUUAGUGCAACAAAUUCAUUGUUUAUAUUAUCACCAUUCAAUCCAUUACGGCGUGUUGCCAUCUAUAUGCUUGUACAUCCUUUAUUCAGUUUUUUAGUUAUAGUAACAAUAUUGAUUAAUUGUAUAUUGAUGACAUUACCGCCAGAAGAAUCGAUUGAACGCACCGAAAUUAUAUUCACCACAAUUUAUACAUUUGAAUCAUGUUUAAAAGUGGCUGCUCGUGGUUUUAUAUUAACACCAUUUACCUAUCUACGUGAUCCUUGGAAUUGGCUAGAUUUUGCUGUUAUAAUGUUGGCCUAUCUAACGAUGGGCGUAGCCGAUCUUGGUAAUUUAAGUGCACUUCGUACAUUCAGGGUAUUACGUGCAUUAAAAACUGUUGCUAUUAUACCGGGUAUGAAAACAAUUGUUGGCGCUGUAAUUGAAUCUGUAAAAAAUCUUAAAGAUGUAAUCAUAUUGACUUGUUUUUCAUUAUCGGUAUUUGCAUUACUUGGUCUACAAGUAUAUAUGGGUGUAUUGACACAAAAAUGUAUUCGUAAUCAUGAUGGUAAUCUUACUACAUAUGAAGAAUGGAAUUCAUGGUGUAGUAAUAGCUCAAAUUGGUAUUAUAAAACACCCGAAUCACCACCAUAUCUAUGUGGGAAUAGUUCACAACAUUGUCCACCUGAUUAUACAUGUUUACAAGGUUUUGGUGAUAAUCCUAAUUAUGGUUAUACAAAUUUUGAUACAUUUGGUUGGGCAUUAUUAUCAUCAUUUCGUUUGAUGACACAAGAUUCAUGGGAAACAUUAUAUCAAAUGAUUAUUCGUGUUACCGGUUUAUGGCAUGUUAGUUUUUUUCUUGUCGUAAUAUUUUUAGGAUCAUUCUAUUUGGUGAAUCUAAUUUUGGCUAUCGUUGCAAUGAGUUAUGAUGAAUUACAGAAAAAAGCUGAAGAAGAAGAGAUUGCAACAGCGGCUGAAGAAGCAGCGUAUGCUGAAGCAUGUCGUUUAGCGGAAGAAGAUUUAUAUGGACCUGGUGGUGCUGGUAGUCAUCAUCAUGGUGGUGGUGGUAAUGGACAAAGACGUAGUCGUCGUAGUAGCCGUUUAUCAGCAUAUAAUGUUGCAUCAGCUAUUGCAUCGGCAGCUAUUCGUCCAACACCUUAUGGUAAUACAUUGGAUGUUAUACAACAACAACAACAACAACAAAAUCGACGAUCACGGUCAUCAUCAAUACCAAUGGAUUUAUUAUCACAACAACAACCAUCAUCAUUACAGGUGCCACAAGGUCCAUAUAAUAAUAAUAAUAAUAAUGUAAUGGCCAAUUAUCUGGGAUAUCCAUCAUCAACAACCAUGACCACACAACAACCAUUACAGCCUAUAAUAACCACACAGGAAACACAACUUAGAUCUCGUCAUCAUCGUAAUCAUCAACAAAAUAAACAACCGUCCACAUCAUGUCCUAGUCCAUCUUUUCGUGCUUCUUCAUCUACAUCAUCAUCAUCAUCAUCAUCAACAUCAACAACUUCGGAAUCUGUUUCAUCUGCCUUAUGUUCAUCAUCAUCAUCAUCAUCGGUAUCAUUAUCAUCAUCAACAACAACAUGUCAAUAUCUUGAUUGUGAAUGCAAAUAUAAAAAAAAUAAUAAACAUCAUAAUAAUAAUCAACAAUCACAACGGAAAAUAAAACCACCAGAUUCAUUGGCAUUGAAUCAACAACAAUCAUCAACAAUACGUAAGACUAGUCUUUCACUGCCUGGAUCACCGUUCAAACAACAACAGCAACAGCAAAAUUCUCGCAUAAAUAAUGAUAACAAUAUAAACGAUCAAAAUUUAAAUGCCUUAAAUGAUGAUGAUGAUGAUGAUGAUGAUGAGAAUGGCAAAAAAGGCCAUGAAAGUGGUGAUCAUGAAUCAUCGAAUCGUCAUCAUCAUAAUCAUAAUUAUAAAUGUCCAGAAAGUUUUAAUAAACAACGUAAACAUAAAACAUCAUCAUCUGCUGUUCAUAAAUAUAUUGAUGGACAAAAAGAUUUACCAUUUGCCGAUGAUAGUGCAGCACAGACACCAUUGUCCGAAGAGAAUCUACCUCCAUUUCCGGAUAGGGAUGGAUUACAGCCACCACCUUAUCAUAAUCAUCAUCAUCAUCAUCAUCAUCAACAACAUUAUCAUCAUCGACCAUCAAAAGCCUUAAGUUUAUCUAAUUUUGAAUAUGAAUCUAAUCAGCCAACGUUUCGUUCAUCGAAUGGUGCCUUUAGUAAUAAUAAUCCUUUGACAAUGAUGGAAAAUGUUGAAUCAACAUCCAUACAUAAUUCAACAUAUACAUCACAUUCAUCACGUAUAUCCUAUACAUCGCAUGGAGAUAUUUAUGGCCGUUUAGGUUUUGCCACCACAAAUCUGCCACCAUUAUGGGCCAAAGAUUAUCAUUUACGUGCCAGACGUAUGUCGAAUGUGGAAAAAUUCUACAAUGAUGAAUGGGCCAAAAAUACUAUCGUACCUGCUGCUGCUGCUACUACUACUGUACAAAGUAAUUUGCCAAUGUUACAACCAUUUUUACCUGGUGUAAAUAAUUUUCAAGCCACAACUACUAAUGCUAAUACACAGCCAAAUUCUGCCAAUGUUUAUAUGAAAGAUGUUAUGGUAUUGAAUGAUAUAAUUGAACAAGCAUCCGUUGAUCAUAUGAUGAAGAAUAAACAGAAUCAUCAACAACAACAAUCAAAUGAAAGAGUUUCCAUAUACUACUUUCCUACAGAAAGUUCACCAUAUCAUCAACAACGACAUCAUCAUCAUGGUGGUGAUAUUGAAAAUUAUCCAAAUGAUGAUGAUCUAAUUGAUUCACAAUCCGAUUCAUCAUCAUUAUCAUCAUCACAUUAUUCCAGUGAUGAUUAUGAAAAACCAACAUUGAAAGAACGUUUUACAACCGGUUGUUUAAAAUGUUUGGAUAUAUUAUGUGUAUGGGAUUGUUUCUGGUGUUGGAUACGCGUGCAAGAAUUAGUGGCGCUAGUUGUUUUCGAUCCAUUUAUGGAAUUAUUCAUUACAUUAUGCAUUGUGGUCAAUACAUUAUUCAUGGCAAUGGAUCAUCAUAAUAUGGAUAAAGAUUUUGAAAAUAUAUUACAAAAAGGAAAUUUUUUUUUCACAGCCAUUUUUGCAAUUGAAGCCACAUUAAAAUUGGUAGCAUUAAGUCCAAAAUUUUAUUUCCGUGAAGGUUGGAAUAUAUUUGAUUUUGUUAUCGUCAUUCUGUCACUAUUGGAUGUUAGUUUAUCAUCGGUUUCCGGUCUUUCUGUAUUACGAUCAUUUCGUUUGCUUCGUGUGUUUAAAUUGGCUAAAUCAUGGCCAACAUUGAAUCUAUUGAUAUCGAUUAUGGGUAAAACGGUUGGUGAUCUUGGUAAUCUAACAUUUGUAUUGGGCAUUAUAAUCUUUAUAUUUGCUGUGAUGGGCAUGCAAUUGUUUGGAAAAAAUUACACGGAAGAAAAUUUUGGUGGAAAAGAAAUACCACGUUGGAAUUUCAAAGAUUUUAUGCAUUCAUUCAUGAUUGUAUUUCGUGUAUUAUGUGGUGAAUGGAUUGAAUCCAUGUGGGAUUGUAUGCGUGUUUCCGGUGCUGCUUGUGUUCCAUUUUUUUUAGCCACUGUUGUCAUUGGCUAUUUGGUUGUGCUCAAUUUAUUUUUAGCUUUAUUACUAUCAUCAUUUGGUGCAUCAAAUUUAUCGGCACCAACAUCGGAAAGUGCCGAUACAAAAAAACUUCAGGAAGCAUUUGAUCGUUUUUCACGUGCAUUCAAAUGGAUUAAAAUGAAAUUUAUACGUUCAUUUAAGCGUUUAAAGCCAAAAACACGUAAUCAAAUUGGUGAUCCAACAUUUGAUCAUCAUCAACCACAUGAUGAUAAUAUGCUCAAUGAUUUAGAUAUAAUAACUGGUCAUCAUCAGCUUUUUAUUGAUGGUCAAACAGCAGCAAAUCAAAAAACUUCCUCGAUAGCCAAUAAUAUUGGUAAAAUGACACAUACAGAUUUUGAAAUGGCAUUAUUCAAAGAAUCAUCGAAAAUUAAUGGCGGUACAACAACAACAGCAGCAGUAGCUACACCUUGCAAUAGUAUCAAUGUAAAUUCAGUUAAUAAUAACGCACAGCAACAACCAUCAUCGCAACAACAAAUGCAAAAUCAAUUAAAUCAUCAAAAUGAUAAUGCUCAACAACAACAACAACAACAACAGCCACCACCAUUACAUAUGAAUUCAUUGGAUGAUUCGAAAGCCAAUAGUGAUAGUAAUCUAAGUGAACAUCAUCAUGAUAAUAUUGUUUCAUUAAUAAUACCUGGACAUAAAUCAAUGGAUAAUAGUGUUAGUGAUGAUAAACUAGAUACAGCCACAGCCGAUGUUAUAAUCAAUGAAUAUCCAUCGGAAUGUUUUCCAGAACCAAUGUAUAAAUAUUGUCCAUGGUGUUUAGAUGAUACACCAUUCUGGACACGUUGGAAAGAGAUACGUACACGUUGUUAUAAAUUUGUUGAACAUAAAUAUUUUGAAACAUUGGUCAUUACAUUGAUUCUUAUUAGUAGUAUGGCAUUGGCAUUGGAAGAUGUAAAUUUUAAAAAAGAUCCAUUAUUCAUGGAAUAUCUUGGUUAUAUGGACAAAUUUUUUACUGUCAUUUUCAUUUGUGAAAUGUUAAUCAAAUGGCUUGCAUUUGGUUUUGCCGGUUAUUUUACAAAUGUUUGGUGUUGGCUUGAUUUUGUCAUCGUUAUGGUUUCAAUAUUCAAUAUAUUUGUCGGAAUUUUCGGCCUUGGAAAUGUACCGGCAUUUAAAACGAUGCGGACAUUAAGGGCAUUACGGCCUUUACGAGCUCUUUCACGGCUUGAAGGCAUGCGUGUAUCGGUGAUAAAUUUAAUUGCCACUUGGUUUGGUGUGGCCAAAAUUCAAGCUUUCAAAACGAUGCGGACGUUACGAGCUUUGCGGCCAUUACGAGCUUUAUCCAGAUUUCAAGGAAUGCGGGUGGUUGUCAACGCAUUGAUACAGGCAAUACCAGCCAUUUUCAAUGUAUUGUUAGUUUGUCUCAUAUUUUGGCUUAUAUUCUCCAUAAUGGGUGUACAAUUGUUUCUGGGAAAAUUCUAUCAAUGUAUUGAUGCUGAAACAAAAAUGAAACUAAACGCAAGUUAUGUACCAAACAAAGAAGCAUGUAUGGCUCGUAAUCAUACCAUUUGGUAUAAUCCACCGAUUAAUUUUGAUAAUGUUCCUAAUGCCUAUCUUGCAUUGUUUCAAGUGGCCACAUUCAAAGGUUGGCUUGAUAUAAUGAACAAUGCCAUUGAUUCGAAACAAGAUCCAGAUGAACAGCCAGAAAAAGAAGUGAAUCUUUAUAUGUAUCUGUAUUUUGUAUUCUUCAUCAUUUUUGGUUCAUUUUUCACUUUGAAUCUAUUUAUUGGUGUGAUUAUCGAUAAUUUUAAUGAACAGAAAAAGAAAGCCGGUGGUUCAUUGGAAAUGUUCAUGACUGAAGAUCAGAAAAAAUAUUAUAAUGCAAUGAAAAAAAUGGGCUCAAAAAAACCAAUGAAAGCAAUACCAAGACCAAGAUUUAAAUUACAAGCAAUUGUAUUCGAUGUGAUAACGAAUAAAAAAUUCGAUAUGAUCAUCAUGUUAUUUAUAGCAUUGAAUAUGGUGGUCAUGUCAUUGGAUGAAUAUAGACAAAGUGUGAUUUAUUCAACAAUUUUGGAAAGAUUAAAUCUAUUUUUCAUUGCCAUCUUUACUACUGAAUGUUUAUUGAAAAUUUUUGCAUUACGAUGGCAUUAUUUUAAAGAACCAUGGAAUAUAUUCGAUUUUGUUGUCGUUAUUCUAUCAAUAUUGGGUGUAUUAUUACGUGAUAUAAUAGCCAAAUAUAUUGUAUCGCCAACAUUAUUACGUGUAGUACGUGUUGUUAAAGUUGGCCGUGUAUUACGUUUAGUAAAAGGUGCACGUGGUAUACGUACAUUAUUGUUUGCAUUGGCCAUGUCAUUGCCAGCAUUAUUCAAUAUUUGUCUAUUACUUUUUUUAGUAAUAUUCAUCUAUGCAAUAUUUGGAAUGUCAUUCUUUAUGAAUGUUAAACAACGUUAUGGUAUUGAUGAAACAUUUAAUUUUAGUACAUUUUUUCGUUCAUUUAUAUUAUUGUUUCAAAUGUCAACAUCGGCCGGUUGGGAUAAUGUAUUAGCAGCCAUUAUGGAUGAAAAUGAUUGUACACCAACAACCGGACCGGAUGCAGAAGGUGAUUGUGGUAAUCGUGGUAUUGCAAUCGCUUUUUUAGUUUCAUAUUUAAUUAUAUCAUUUCUCAUCAUAAUCAAUAUGUAUAUUGCUGUUAUAUUGGAAAAUUAUUCACAAGCAGCUGAAGAUGUACAUGAAGGUUUGACUGAUGAUGAUUAUGAUAUGUAUUAUGAAAUAUGGCAAAAAUUUGAUCCAAAAGGAACACAAUUUAUUAAAUAUUCACAAUUAUCGGAUUUUGUACAUGCAUUGGAAGAACCAUUACAGAUACCGAAACCGAAUAAAUUUAAAUUAAUAUCAAUGGACAUACCGAUUUGUGUUGGCGAUAUGUGUUAUUGUGUGGACAUUUUGGACGCAUUGACCAAGGAUUUUUUCGCCCGUAAAGGACAUGUUAUUGAAGAAACGGCUGAAUUGGCCGAAGUAGCACCGGUCAAAUUGGGUCAAUUUGAACAUAUCAGUAGUACAUUAUGGAGACAACGUGAAGAAUAUUGUUCUAGUGUCAUAAAAAAAGUAUGGAAUGAAUAUAGACAACGGAAAUUUGAACAGCAACAACAAAAAUUGAAUACAAUCACUGAAGAAGAAAUGAUUGAACAAUAACAAAUUAUCGCCUUUUUU